AUAUUUUGCAAGAAAUAAAAAAUCACUAUUGUGUGAUAGUAAUUAAUAUUCCAACCCGCUUAACCAACAGUGAUUGGAUCCAACCAUUGUUUAAGGAACGAUCAUGGCUCAAUUCCUUCACUUCAUCUUCUUCCUUAUCAUCACUAUCACUCCCUCUUUGCUUGCUCAAUCACAACCUAAUCAGUUUUGUGAAGCUGGAAUUGGAUACGGAGAGUCUACAUGUGGAACUGCAUCAUCAUCAUCAUCAUCCAAGUUGUUGAUCAAAAGUGGAACUGUUGUCAAUGCACACCAUCAACAAGUUGCUGAUGUUUAUAUUGAAGAUGGCAUCAUUGUUGCUGUCAAUCCAACUAUCAUGGUUGGAGAUGAUGUUCGUGUCAUAGAUGCCACCGGCAAGUUUGUUAUGCCAGGAGGCAUUGAUCCUCAUACUCAUCUGGAGUUUGAGUUUAUGAACACUGUAUCAGUGGACGACUUCUUCAGUGGCCAGGCCGCAGCAUUGGCUGGUGGGACGACAAUGCACAUUGACUUUGUUUUUCCAACUAAUGGGAACUUAACAGCCGGUUUCGAAGCCUACGAAAAGAAGGCAAAGAAGUCUUGCAUGGAUUAUGGUUUCCAUAUGGCUGUUACCAAAUGGGAUGAAACUGUUUCGAGAGAAAUGGAGCUCAUGGUCAAGGAGAAAGGUAUCAACUCUUUCAAGUUUUUCUUGGCGUACAAAGGAUUUGCUAUGGUCAAUGAUGAACUUCUUCUGGAAGGAUUUAAAAAGUGCAAGUCUCUUGGUGCCUUAGCCAUGGUCCAUGCAGAAAAUGGAGACGCUGUGAUUGAAGGGCAAAGGAAGAUGAUAGAGCUUGGAAUAACUGGACCCGAGGGGCACGCUCUUUCUAGGCCUGCAGUGGUUGAAGGCGAGGCAACUGCUCGUGCUAUUCGCUUAGCAGAUUUUGUAAAUACUCCUUUGUAUGUGGUUCAUGUCAUGAGCAUUGAUGCAAUGGAAGAAGUUGCGAAGGCCAGGAAAGCAGGACAAAGAGUAAUUGGAGAGCCUGUUGUAUCUGGGUUAGCCCUCGAUGAAUCUUGGCUUUGGCAUCCUGACUUUGACACUGCAGCAAAGUAUGUCAUGAGUCCCCCUAUUAGGAAAAAAGGACAUGAUAAGGCCCUACAAGCUGCUCUCUCAUCAGGAGUUUUACAGCUGGUAGGAACGGAUCAUUGUGUCUUUAAUUCAACCCAGAAAGCUUCUGGAAUUGACGACUUCCGGAAAAUUCCUAAUGGUGUCAAUGGUCUUGAAGAAAGGAUGCACGUGGUAUGGGAUAUCAUGGUGGAAUCUGGUCAAAUAUCUGUCACUGACUAUGUACGGGUAACAAGCACUGAAUGUGCUAGAAUCUUCAAUAUAUAUCCGAAGAAAGGAGCGAUCCUUCCCGGUUCUGAUGCAGAUAUAAUAAUUCUUAAUCCAAAUUCAAGCUUUGAGAUAACUGCAAAGUCACACCACUCCAGAACGGACACAAACGUCUACGAGGGAAGGAAAGGAAAGGGAAAAGUUGAAGUGACUAUAUCAGGAGGAAGAGUUGUUUGGGAAAAUAACGAAUUAAGGGUUGUUCCCGGUACUGGAAAAUACAUACAAAUGCCUCCGUAUAGUUAUCUGUUUGAUGGAGUAGACAAGAAGGAUGCCAUUUAUCUAAAUUCCCUUCAAGCGCCAGUUAAGCGAGCGAAAUCCACAGCUUAAUUUCUGCCAUCAUCGGUUAGGGAGGGGGCAAUCGAUCAAGUAUAACUCCAGUUGUUUGAUCAAAUAAAGAAGAAUAUGUAUAUUUCAUGUACUGGUAGUAAUGGUAAGCAUGAUAUGUAUAUAUAUAAUUUAAUUUAGUAUAAUAUAAUAAUAGAUGAGUAUUUUGUUUGUGCAACAUUUUCCAUUGAUAUAAUGUACAUUGCUAAGAAAAAGUGACCAUAGCUUUUAUAAGAUACUGUACAGUGUAAUGGUCAGGUUUCUGUUGAAUUUGUCUCAUCUACACAAAUAUUUUACAAGUCAUAGAUCCUAGUACUUUUAAUAACAUUAUAUUUAUAGUAUGACAUUGAUUUGAAUA